UAACUUUGAGUGAGUGUUGGAAGGCUAAAUGCCUAAACUACUGGAUACAUUCAUCUUAACAUGUCAAUUUGAUAUCUUCUUGGGCAGAGGCUUUGAUAUGUGCUUUUCGUGCAUAUUUUAGAAAUGGUUUAAAACAUCGAAUCUAAGCACAGAGACGGGUGGAGUAUUGAUUCAUGAGCGGGAGAAGUAUUUGAGGAAUAUUAGAUUAGGUACAUGUCAAGAGGACCAACAUCGGAAUGAUGUCGGUGAUAUUUUAUUAUCUCAUAUUUUUCAUCCUCCUGGGACAGACGGGCGCCUUCGUUGAAAUCAUCAAUGGGAUCUCAGUCGGAAGAGCUCCUGGCUUAUUUUCUCCUUCAUUUCGAGCGCCACCUGCACUAGAGCCUUUGUAUUUCGUCUCUCAGCUGCCCCCAGAAGCAUUUGCCUUCCCGGAACUGCAGCGACAAUUGAGUGAGUGCACGCUGGAUAUGUGCAUUGCCGUCGACGCAUCGGGCUCUCUCAAAAACAAAGAAACCAACGGAAAGACGGGCUGGGAAAACGAGAAGAUAUUCGCCACCAACCUUGUUCGCCGCGUGGCAAGCUUCGGCGACGACAUCUCCGUCCGAUACGCCAACGUGGUGUUCGGGAGAAAAAUCCGAACUUGGUUUGAUUUCACUGAAAGCCAGAGCACGGAUCACAUUAUCUACAGACUGGAGACCAUGCCCUACCUAGACGGUCAGACGAAUAUACCGGACGCCAUGCUGGAGUGUCAGCAACAUCUCCUGAACUCUGGCCGCAAUGUUGAAAAAGUGGUUUUAGUGCUGACUGACGGAUCAGCAACUCCGGAUUUAGGAGCUGUAAGCGUACCUGAGGCUGCUGAGUCGCUAAAAGCCAAUGGGAUACGUUCAAUCGCUGUCGGAGCGGGAAAUAUCAAUAAGACAGAGCUCUUAGUCAUUGCCCAGGGUGACGUGAACUCCGUCUUCAUCGCAGAGGACACCUCCAGCCUAAAUAACCUCGUGGACGACAUCGGCGUAUCCUCUUGUGCCAAACCCAACAUUACAACAACGACGCCACAGAUAUCUACGACCACUACUCCUGCGCCGUGCCCGUGGUCCCAGUGGACCUCCUGUGACGCCAGUUGCGGGGGAGGAAAGCAAACGAGAACAAGGAAAGGCUGCUGUGAAGGGUGUUUGGAUGAAGUUGAAGGGAGAGCGUGUAACACACAAGCUUGCCCAGGUCCGUGUCAGUGGUCAGAUUGGAGUCCUUGUGACAUUCCAUGUGGAGGCGGCGUGCAAACCAGGACCAUGAUAGAUUGUUGUGACAAGUGCUUGGCCAGACUGGACGUCCGGUCAUGUAAUACUGGCAGGUGUCCUGUUUCCGUGGAUGGCCAGUGGGGAGAUUGGUCAGCCUAUGGCGCGUGCACGGACAGUUGUGGUGGAGGCUUUCAAAUGAGGUCAAGGACAUGUAGCAAUCCCUCUCAGGCCGGAACAGGCAAGCCGUGCGUGGGACCUGCUGACGACAUAAAGAAGUGCAACAUUCAAGACUGUCCAGUUCAUGGCCAAUGGGGAGACUGGUGUUGCUCAUGGUCAGAAUGCAGCACCACCUGUGGAGGAGGUCAGCGCACGCGCACUAGGCAGUGCAGCAACCCAGCCCCAGCCAAUGGCGGCGCAGACUGUGUUGGAAGUAGUAUUGAAGAGGAGAUGUGUAACACACAGCUAUGCCCUAUUGAUGGAGGUUGGACUACGUGGACUGGAUGGAGCGGGUGUGGGGUGCACACGUGCUAUCGUACACGUACCCGCACCUGUACCGCCCCGGCCGCGCAGCAUGGCGGGAAACCUUGCCCAGGCCGUGGGACUGAAGUCAAGUACUGCCCACCUGUCUGCUGCCUUGGUUCGUACCGGUCCAGCUAUAACCAGCCAUGGCAUGGAUGUUGAGGGGUAGACAACGAGAACGACUAUUAAGGACACCUUCUCUUGGGCUGGGUUAGGAUCUCCUCAACCCUCCGAGCAGACGCUCAAUGACUUAUUAUCUAACUUAUGGCCACAAAAUCACUUUUUUGUUGGUACAUGUAUCACAUACGGGAUGUUCCCACUUAACUGAGUUUUCCUUGAAAUAAAGUAAUUUUUUUCACUACAAACGUUUCAUUGCUCGACUGGCCAUUGCACCUGAAUUCUAUUUUUUUCCAUUCAAUCAGUUUUUUAGUUCUAGAUGGUCGACCAUUUUGGAAU